AUGUUGAGCGUUGACUCUGCUCCAUCAGGCUCAGCACUCGUUUGUACGACUACAGAUGCACCUACCCCGAAAGUCAUUCCAGACGGCCCAGAUGCUGUACCAAGUCCCCAGCCUGCUCCUCAAAAUGGAGUUUCAUCGGCAGAUUCGAAUGAUAUCAGCAACACAACUUCCGCACCAAUCUCAACUGCCGUAACUUCAACUUCAGGUACUCUGAAUGCUAACGUUUCUGCACCAACUCGGGUAUCUUCUGCUCCGACCGCACUCACACCUGCAACAACCCCGGCAACUGGUGUUCCUUCCAGUACCACACAAUCUGUUUCUGCUCCAAGCCCCAUUUCAAGACAACCCGCUGUUCGAGCUGGAAAAUUUCGACACUAUCCCGUACAAGGCCCUAGCCAUUCCGCCAGACCACUACCUCCAAUCACUUGGGGUCCUGGCUUGACCUCCGGAGAAUAUGGACGUGGAAGUCAACCACCUGCCUAUUCAUCCUCGAUGUCUUCGACUAGUGAGGCUGGCAAUGGCUCCAUCCAAGACAAUAGUCUACCUUCCAAAUCCUCUAUCAACAAUACCACGGACGGACAAGACUUCGCUGAUUUUAGUGUCAAGCCUCCUACUCCAGCUGGCCCCUCUGCACACUUUGACAAGAGUCCCAAAAUUCAAUCCCACUCGAUCAAGAAUCCUGUAAGUCAGCAGUGUGGCUUCGGUGGAGUUGCUUUCUCAGUGGUCGACGGUCGACCUAGAUUGGAGCCGGUCAAAUCUAAGGACAAGACCGGAAAGACCCAACCAGCUUCUGACCCAGCUGUUAGUCGUAACACGUCUGGUCAACCAAGUCAUGAUGGCAUACCUAAAGUCCAAACGCUUUCCGGCAGUCAGCGCCCUGUUACUGAGAGUUCCUUCGACCCAUUCCACGGACCAGCUCCAGGCGAAAGGUUGCCCUUUUGGUUCCUUGUACCUUCUGCUACUCCUUCUUCUGGAAGUCCAUACGGUCCUCAUACCAGUAGUCUACUCACUACGCCAUCAAAGACAACUUCUAUUCAAAAUGGCACUAGAAUUGGUCGGGACGCCAUUCUGCUACGUAGCGGACGUCUUGGAAACCCUGUUGCCACAUCUCCCAACGGUGUUACUGGACAAGAUUCCGUACCUCGCAAUUCUUCUAUCAACAACACUUCAGGUACUCUUAAUGGUGGCACUACUCGUACACCAUUGCCCUCAACACCUGUAAAGACUGCUUCUGCAAACGCCAUUGGCGACACUCUACUGCCUGCCAGAAGCUCUUCAGAACCAACCAGCUGCGGCACUCGGAAGCAAUCAGAAGUCUAUCAGCGUAUGGAGCGCCGCCUAAUUGAUAUCGAAAGCGGUACAUCAGCUGUCACGGUUGACGAUCUUAUUCGUCUCGAACACCUGGAGCGAGCCUUACUGUCUGACUUCUAUAUCCUGCACGGAGUUUUCCUUCAGCACCCUCACUACCCCGGCCAACCUAAUGAGGCUGCUUUCAUUGCAGGCGGCUUUCGAAACCCAAAGAAGUUCUAUGCAUAUGAAGAUCGAGUAAAGGACUUGAAGAGCAAGGUGCAGAAGCGAGAGGAGAAACAGGCCGCUGAGGAACCAGAUAGAGAAAAGGACUGGAGCAAGCAAGUGAAGGAGGAGCAUAGCACUUUAAAUAUUCUGUACUCGGAGGUGCUUAACUGCAAGAAAUUCUUGACAGAGCUCCGCAAGUAUUUGGAGCGAGAAAACAAGGUCAUCCCCAAAGGAUACCGCAAGUCCGGCGCGGCGAUUCAGAAGAAAGGUAUCCAAUCUGCCGAUCCGAAGACUGCAAAUGGCAAGAAGCGACGUACCGUCAUCACCAUCGACUCCGAUGAUAACAGUUCCGAACAAGGCUCUACGCCAUCAGCAACCCAACCUCCUCGUAAGAAGGCGAAGAUGCAACCGGCUCAAGGUGCAAAGAUGACUUCCGCCAUGCAAUUCAAACCAAUCGGAAAAGUUGUCAAUGAUUCCGCCUUGCAUCAACAACAACAGCAACGAGGCCAACACCAAUUCCAAGUUAGGAAUGGUUCCACCAUGCAUCAGCAACCACGAGGUACUGUACAAGCCAUGAAUGGCUCGAGUGGUUAUCAGCAGCCAAAUGGCACUCCACGCCCACACGGUCAAGGUAUGGAUCGUUCUGGCUAUGGCAUGCAGCGACACCCACGAAACGGUCAACCCUCACCUCAUCUCGCCCAACCCCGCACCCCGGCUUACGUUGACCGUGAGAUCGCUUUGAGAAUGGCGAUGAUUGAGCGACUGAACGAAGAAGUCCUUGAGCUGAGAUGGGAGAAGAAGGUUUUGGAGAAUAAUGGUCAGCCUGGGGGCGCAUAA